AUGUACGAAGACUCAUGGUACAAUUUUGUACCAGACCAUACCCAUAAAAGGAACCCUUCUAUCCCACAAGCCUCAGGACACAGGAGAAGAGAAUCCCUACUCCAACAGCCCAAUGGAAGCAAGCAGCCCGAUACCGUGCAACCGCUGGAAUCAUUGUUCGAAGAAGCCGAGACCAUAAUUGAACCUCCCGAAGCAACCUUAAGCCGAAGAGCAAAGUCCUAUUCUGAUUUCUACCAUGUCGUUCGCGCGCAGCUCUCGAAGGAUGCAGCAGCAAAGAAGAAGCGCAAGAAGGCUAAGGAGAGGGGCUUAGAAGCAUUGAUGGUUGAGAGGAUUGACACGUUUUCUCGAGAUCGAGAACAACCUCGGUUGAGUUCAUCUGAUGACGAAUUGAUUGAGGCUAGCCAGCAGGAAUAUUUGCUUUAUCAGGACCAACUAGAAAUGACAGAGCGCCACCUAGAAGCACUUAUUGGCAAUACAAAUAGCGCUUUGGACCUGCUAACGUCUUUGGCCGACUCAUUUCGCGCCGUAGAGUCGCAGACAUCCUCUUUCCAGGCUCAGUGCGACGAUCUUUUAUCAGAGGAAAGGAGACUACAGAAGCUUGCAGACGAAGUUGGAACUGACUUACAUUAUUACGCAUAUCUAGAUGGUGUUACGAGAAGGUUGAAUGCUCCUGGCGCCAGCCGCCUGGUGAAUCAUGAAAGUUUUGGCGAAAUCCUAACGAAUCUGGACGCAUGCAUAGGAUUUAUGAUAGAGCACCCUGACUAUCGGGAUGCUGAGUCCUAUCUGGCCAGAUAUCAGUCUCUACUCACCAAAGCUCUCCACCUGCUCGAAGUCGGCUUCGUGGGACAUCUUGACCGGAUUUCGUCAGAAAUAUCCAAGCAGAUUGCUGCUACACAAUCGGAAUCAGCUAGGCAUGCGCUUGCAUAUGGCCGAUUCGAAGAGAUGUUGCUUGAGGCAGAUGGUCUAAUAACGAAUGCUCAACACGUUAUCCGUAGUUGUUAUGAUCAGCUGGGAAAUCCAACUCCCGGGCAGAGCUUCGACUAUUACUCCAACACUGCUGUCAACAUGUUUUCAUCUUAUGCCGAUGUGAGAGACCGCGAUCUCCGUCCCAUGACUCAACAUGACCUCGAGGUUUUCAAGAAAGAGGUCAAGGAAGUCAAUGCAGAAACCGCCUGCCGUAACUUUAUCAAACAAUGUUAUGAACGGUCAUACGAUGAAGCAACCCUCUUCGGUAAGGUAUUCUUUAUAGAGCCACAGUACAGCGUGGACCCCCAGUCCGCCUACGUAACCUUGAAGUCGCAACAAAAAGCCUUGGUCAACGCUGCAAACAUUGCCCCGAUCGCAACAAUGUUGCAAUCUGUUUUGCAGACAAGUGAGCUCCAAACGCUUUGUAAUCUUCUGGGCUGGAUUACGAAUGAGUACCUUUUACUGGAGUACGAUGAAGAGGAAACUCGAUAUUCUAUUCACUGCCAUGACAUCACCGCCCGACUACUCAUUGAACAUCUCUGGCCCUUGGCAGACACUGCAUUCGACGCCGAGGUUACAAAAUCUAUCUCGAAAGCCCCCAUCCCCCAAGAAUCUCUCAAGAUUACGCCCGUGGAGAAUGGCGUUGCAUCUUCUAAUGUGCAUCCAAUUACGAAAAGAGCCCUUGAGCUUUUAGCCAUGUAUGAUCAAGCUAUGCCGAAGGAGCGAAGUUCAAGCCCGGUUGCCUUUCGGAUAAUUCAUGAGACUAUCCUUGCUAUGCAGCGUGCCGAAUCCCGUUUGAAGUCUAACAAGGCGGCCAACCCAGAGCCUGAUCCAGAUUUGUUCAUGAUCAAAAAUCUGCUUAUUCUCAAGAAUGGACUAGUCUCACUCGAGCUAGGCGAUGUGAGGUCUCAUCCAGCAGCGAUGCAGCACUUUGGUCAAAUAUGGGAUGCUCUCAGCCCUCAAAACUGGCUGGGCCUCUUCAGAGGUAUUCUCGGUGGUUCACUGUCGCUCGGCCUGUGGUCAUCUGCAGCUAGUGCCUCCCCUGCUGCGAACGUCAAGGCCGCACCGGCAAAAGCCCAGGCGCAACCCGAACAAGAUGCAAACGAGAAGUUGGACGAACUGCUAAGGCAGAGCAUCUACGCGUUUACGCAACGGUGGGGAACAUUGAUAAACGCGGCUAGGAGCGGCAAGCGUGGUACUUCAAGUCUAGAAGCCACAGAGAAGGAACUUGAUGAAAAGCUUUUGGCCGCAUUUGGUGGCCAACCCGAAGUUAUAGCGAAGUUACAGGAGGCCAUCCAAAUAAAUGCACAGGCCCAGAAAGAGCUCAAGGCAGAAAAAGGUGGGCGAUAG